AUGGCAUCCCAUUCAAACGGGAACGUAGCAGCGAUUAUCAAAGAGGAAGACAAAAAUUAUACGGAGAUAUCAGAGAGUGGAGAAGAGCAUGGAGAAAUACAGGGCAUCUCAGACCAAGAUGAUUUAAUUGAUAGUGAUCUCGAGGAAACAGACGAGUCUGUAAUCGAGGACAUGAAAAAACUAGAAGACAGUUUCGACGGGUUCUCCGAACGAUAUCGCUUAAUCCGGCGCAUUGGAGAAGGAACGUUUUCAACUGUCUAUAAAGCAGAAGAUUUGCUCUACGAUCGUUUCUGCAAUGCCUGGGACCCGGACUCAGAACAGGAGGAGAUUGGUGAUCAUGACCGGGCGCCCUCCAAACGCCCUCGUCUUGGGGAUUCCCGGGAUGUCUCAGUGCAAAGAGCGAAAAAAAGGAAGACCGCGCGUUACGUUGCGUUAAAGAAAAUAUAUGUGACCAGCAGCCCGUUUCGGAUUCAAAACGAACUUGAACUAUUACUGAGUCUCCGGGGUUGCAUGUCAGUCUGCCCUAUAAUCACUGCAUUCAGACAUCAUGACCAGGUUGUGGCAGUCCUACCAUAUUUUCCCCACGCAGAUUUCCGAGUGUUAUAUCGUACUUUUCUAGUGGAAGAUAUGCGAUUAUAUCUCCGGUCCCUUCUCAUUGCACUUCAUGCUGUUCACCGAGAAAAUAUAAUACACCGGGACAUUAAGCCAACUAAUUUUCUAUAUAACCCAGUGCAUCGCCGCGGUGUUCUUGUGGACUUUGGGCUAGCUGAGCGCGAGUAUCUCAGCGGAGAACCAUGCCCCUGCUCCGACAUGGCCGGUAUGACGCGACUUGUUGAUGCACCCUAUUUUAGUAGGACACAAGUCAUGUCGGCCGGCUAUCCAAAAAGUGACUCCCGGCCGUCUCGUCGAGCGAAUCGAGCUGGAACUCGCGGGUUUCGGGCACCGGAAGUAUUGCUUAAAUGCACAUCGCAGACCACUAAGAUCGAUAUCUGGUCGGUUGGUGUGAUUUUACUCACCCUCUUGGGGAGGCGCUUUCCUUUCUUUCACUCCGUUGAUGAUGUAGAUGCAAUGAUCGAGCUAGCUAGCAUAUUCGGAACUCGCAGGAUGAGAAGUUGUGCAGCGCUCCACGGACAGGUGUUCGAAACCACGAUUCCUACAAUUGGGGAAAGGGGAUUUUCCUGGGAAAAAAUUGUGCAAUGGUCGAGCUGUGUCGCAGAGCUCACUGGCCGAGAAAAACAAGGAAUAAAGCUUUUAUACCGGCUCUUGGAAUUGGAUCCGAUGCACAGGCCUAGCGCAAAGGAAGCAUUACGAGACAAAUUUUUCACCCAUCCAGAAGGAGAUGACUUGUCUUGGGAUGAUAAUGAUGAUAUAAAGCAAGGCGAAAAGCAAGAUGGGACCGGAAAGGGUGAGGAAAAUGGAGAAAUAGCGGUUGAAGGUCCGGAAGAAGUGCAAUUUGUCUAG